GCAGGCAGCUGCUGCUUCCUGUACUGAAGAGCCAGAGCCUUCUUUCAGCCCCACACCCUGAACCGACACACGGAGGCUUUCACCGAGCGGACUGUGAGGGAAGCCGGGCCUGUCACUGCCCCGCUGGAGGAGACGGUGUGGUACGGAGGAAGCAGCGGCGAGUGGCCGCACUUUGAGGCUCAGAGACAAUUUUUCACAAAGCUGACGCUAGCUGCUGGUGGCUAGGUGGCUAAUCGCUAGUAGCAGCAGGUAGACACGCCAGACACAGAGGGUUAAUGGAAGGGUCUUUACUGCAAAUCUCAUAGAUGUACCGGAGAAACGACUUGGCGCUGGCGGGUCACGUUGUUUUACCUGUUACACACUGUGUUGAAUGAGCUGAUUUGACAUGCUACCCAAAGUGUAAUAACUUUGCUAACGUUAGCUAGCCCAGAGACCUGCCACCAGGAGCUGAUUUCAGACGUUUGUGGGGGGAAACAGAGAGGAACGGAUUGAAGUAGUACCUGCCGAACCUGCCACAGAUCAGUGCUUUCGGACAGAAAGUCGGAUAGAGUAGUUGCAGAAAUGCCUCCAAAAAGAAAGCCCGUUCCCCUCAACAUUAAGCCCAUUGGGGAGGGACAGGCCACUUCAAACACCAUUGAUGCUUCGUCUGAAGCCAACCUCGAGGCCUUACAAAAGAAACUGGGUGAGCUGGACCUGGACGAGCAGCAGAGGAAACGACUAGAAGCUUUCCUCACCCAGAAAGCUCAGGUCGGGGAGCUGAAGGAGGAGGAUUUUGACCCCAUAUGUGAGCUGGGUGCCGGAAAUGGUGGGGUGGUCAACAAAGUCAGCCACAAACCCUCGGGCUUGGUCAUGGCUCGAAAGUUGAUCCACCUGGAAAUUAAACCUGCCAUCAGAAACCAGAUUAUCAGGGAACUGCAAGUGCUGCACGAAUGCAACUCACCCUACAUUGUGGGUUUCUACGGGGCAUUUUACAGCGAUGGCGAGAUCAGCAUCUGUAUGGAGCAUAUGGACGGCGGAUCCUUGGACCAGGUUCUCAGGGAAGCUCGAAGAAUCCCAGAAGAAAUCUUGGGGAAAGUUAGCAUAGCUGUGUUGCGAGGACUAGCCUAUCUGCGGGAGAAGCACCAAAUCAUGCACAGAGAUGUCAAACCCUCCAACAUCCUGGUCAAUUCUCGCGGGGAGAUCAAGCUGUGUGACUUCGGUGUUAGUGGCCAGCUCAUAGAUUCCAUGGCCAACUCCUUUGUUGGAACACGCUCUUACAUGUCGCCGGAGAGACUGCAGGGCACUCACUACUCUGUGCAGUCUGACGUGUGGAGUAUGGGUCUGUCCCUGGUGGAGCUGGCGAUUGGCCGCUACCCCAUCCCCCCACCAGACACCAAAGAGCUGGAAGCGAUCUUCGGACGGGGCAUAAUGGACGGGGGAGAGGGAGAACCUCACACCAAUAUGCAGAGGCCAAGACCACCUGGCAGGCCCAUGAGCGGACAUGGGAUGGACAGUCGACCUGCUAUGGCCAUCUUCGAGCUUUUGGACUACAUUGUGAAUGAGCCACCCCCUAAACUGCCUCAUGGUGUCUUCACCAGUGACUUUCAAGACUUUGUGACAAAAAGUUUGAUUAAAAACCCAGCUGAGAGGGCCGAUCUGAAGAUGCUUAUGAGUCACACAUUCAUCAAGCGAUCAGAAGUGGAGGAAGUGGACUUUGCCGGCUGGUUGUGCAAAACGAUGGGCCUCAACCAACCCAGUACUCCCACUCGUGGCACAGAGUGAUCGACGCUCCACGCCCCACCCAUGCUGCCGUUGAUACAUUUCUGGGUCUCUUUCUGCACACACACACACACACACACACGCACCGUACAUGCAUGUACGCAAGACAUCACACUUACUGGCACCUUCUUUCAUCUUGCUCUUGGUUAAAACAGUUUUGCUUCCCCCUUCCAGCCCCCUAUGUAUUUCUUCACCAGCAGCAGAGCCCAUUGAGUCAUUGUACUGUAAUACCACAGCUUCACCAUGUCAGUGUCAAGAGCUCAGUUUUCCACACUGCUACAGGGGAUAUAAAGCACUGAAGGGCUGCCUGUGUGUCAGCUGAAUUUGCAUUGACAAACUUCUUUUGUAUUGUUGAACAUUCUGUAUUAAUAUUUUCUAUGGCAACAGUUGUGGGACUGUAUUUUGAUAAUUAACCUGCUGCAUAGUUUUGUUGGGGAGAAAAUAACAGGGAAUCCAAAUAUUAUCUACUCACAAGCUCUGAAUGUGUUUGUUUGAAGGUAAAUGCAAUUAGUUUGAUUUAAAAUCAUGUUUGCAGUUACCUUCAAUAUAACAAUCAAAAUUUUGGAAUAGAGUGCAGAACAGAUGAAAGAGUAAAAAGUCAUUUGAUUUUUUUUUUUUUUUUUUUGAGUGGGGGGAGCAGAGCGAUCUCAAGAUCACCUUGUGAACAGUGUCACAAACCAAAGAGGGUACUCACGACUACUACAGUUUUUGAUUGGUUGCUCAUCUUUUUUUUACUGAUAUAACAUCCAUGGAUAGUACUUUGAAUGUUUUUGAGUUUUCCCUAAGUGAUUUACACCAGGAGUUUUCAAAGUAUGGAAGAGUGAGCCCCCCCCCCCCCCCCCCCCCCCCCGAGGGAGCACAAUGCCUGCCGCACCCCCCCCACGCACACAUGCGCACACUUAUCACCGUGUACUCCAUUUUUUUUCUCCAUUCUUUUAUACUUGGUGUCACUGGAUGAAUCUGUUUAUUUUGAGGAUUUAAACAAUGGUAUAACAGCCCUCCAGUCCAUGUAGCCUGUGUAGUUGCCGUGGCAGUUCGCUGAAAUCCCUGUUAGGUCUAUAAAAUUCGCGGUAUGAUCUGUGGCAACUGCCACUCCGUGUUGCCACUGCCACAAUUUGCACCGCCGCAAAUUUUUCAUACCGCACCUCCCCUGAAUUGCUCUGGCGCCCCCCAGGGGAGGUGCACCUCCCACUUUGAAAACUGCCGAUCUACACAGUGAUUGUGUUCACAUUGUUUUGUCUGUGUCAAAGGAACUAAACUGAUGAAGCCACUUGGAUGAUGGGUCAAGACAUACAGUUGUGUUCAAAUUACUGGGGAUAAAUAAAUGGGAUUAAGGUCUGUGGAUUGGCUUGGCCGCUUCAUAGCUUCAGUAUCUUUCGCCCUGGAAUCAAGAUGCUGCUCACUUUUUGUUGUGUUUGGAAACACUCACUUUAAGGGCAUUUCCUUAGGCAACAUGAUCUCUUCCAGUAUUUUGAUAUGUGCAAACCAAUCCAUCGUCCCUGCUGCAUGAUAAAUAAGAUGGACACUAUAGCAAGAGAAACAUCACAGGCUUCUUUUCUUUCCUUUCCUUUUUUUUGAAACAGUUGCACUUUGCAGAGGCUUAUUGUUGAUAGAUUAGCUCCACCCAGCCGUCUUCUGUCACAGUACUCAGUCUUUGAUGGCUCUAUAGCUGAUCAUUGGCUGAGUCUGUCCGUUCUGGCUAAUCUUUGAUCCAUGUGACUGUUGGUUAGGUUUGUGCCGAUGUCAGAUAUUCAUACUUCAGUUAUGGCAGAUUGCCAAUAUUGCUAUAAAAACAGUUUAUAAUUGUAAAUCAGAAAUCAAAAUACCUUGACAAGGUUCUGUAACAUAAAUCAUUUUCAACUCACAUCUGUGAAAUAGGCUGAAACUGUAAUCUCACUAAAAUCUUAGAACAGAUGCUGCAGUCAGUGUACAUUUUCCCAAAGUUAAAUUGUGAUAUUAAAGUAAAUGUCCAAACACUGAAACAAUAUUUUGAGAACACAACCGUAAAAAAACACUUGUAUACAAGUUUGUUUUUUGUCGUUUUUUUGUUUUUUGCAAAGUACAAACCAACACAAGUCUUGUAAUCUCGCGUCAUGAAGUACCUCAAUCAGAAAUAUCAGAACAAUGACUGAAAUGUAACUUGUUUUUGCACAUUUCCCAACUUAAAUCAACUUUAAACCACACACAAAACCAUGACUAGAAGAAAAUAGAUAUUGACUGGGGAAAUUGGACCUAUACCAGUAUUUGAAAGAAAAAAAAAAAGACUGAUCUCAAAGCUGAUGUAUCAUGCAUUCCUAUUGGUGCUCUUUUUUUCCCCCCAUCGCUCUGGCUUUGCUUUCCAUUUUAAAGCACUGGAGCUUAUUUUACUCAAGCAGCCUAUCAUUUUCUUCACUUCUCAGUCUGUUUUCCCCUCUGCAAUCAAUGUUGAAAUCAAAGCCUGCUGUUCUUGUGAACAAUCUCUGGAACGAAGCAUAUUUCUGAGAUCUUCAGAGAGGGAUACUUGGACUACAUGUGCUGGCUUCAUCUUUAAAUAAGGGCCACCAGAUUGAAAGCUGUUUUUUUUUUUUUUUCUCCACAGAAUGAGUGGCCCUCUAACCGAAAACCACAUUGCUGUUAGAAUGAACAUGCCCCUUGAAAUGUAUUAAUUACAGAGUCAGGAGAAUGCAUAUCAUGAAUGUUGGGUUUGUUGCUUUUCAAUUACUUUAAUACAUCCACUCGUGAAUUAUUUGCUAUGUAGUAAUAUAAUUUCUAUCAAAACCAUCGAUGGCGAUUAUCUUGUUGGACUGCAAUUAUUUUGAACACAACUGUAUGAGCAGGUCCAGUUGACCUUUAUUCAAUUGUUUUGAGAUGCCUCCUGCCUAGACGGUUGAGAAUAUGCAUAGACGUUGUUUUGUCUACAUUUCAGUUCACAUCCCACACUGUAUGUCUCACAUGGGAAGAGACUAUAUGCUGUGGAGGCCUGAUAUAUACCAGAAUGUCUCUAUUGACCAUGAGAAAAUGAUCAAAAUGUAUUCAUGGGAUGAUAUAGCAUGAUUUAUUAUCUUUCUAAUGUUUGUGGGUUUCUUCUUUUUUUUGUUUUGUUUUGUUUUGUUUCUGAAGAUCAUAAUAGAGACAAUUAGCUGGUAUUUUUUAUCAUAAGCCUGAAUCUCUGCAAUGUUAUAAAAAUUUCAAUCACUAUCUAAUUUGAUUUAAUUUUUUUCUUUAUUUGUUGUUGGUCUGUAUUUUCCUUGACGUGUGUUUGGUUAUAAUUUCACCCUACUGCUACAUGUGGUGCUCUAAGCUUUCUGUUGGGACACAACCAACCUAGAGUCUUGCUUUGGGAAAAGAAGUGGGUUAAAAUAUUUCAAAUACUUUUUCUUGUGUUAUAACCCAGUGAUUUUCCUAAAAGUACAAAUCGGGUUCAAGCAGAACUUCGGACCUCUUGAGCUGUACAAACAGAAGAUUUUAACCCAGGUCAGUGUUGGUCACAUGGUGGUGGUGGUGGUGUAAAUUGCUAGCCUGCCGUCUUGCUAGAGCUCUUGUAUUUUCUCUGCUUAUGGCUGCCCUUUCUUAUUUCCCCAAUAUGUGCAUUCUUUGAGAGCAAAAUGAAUGCAUUGUCACUUGUAUGUGUACAAAGCUAUAAAUUACAGGAGUACUAUUUUGCAGUCUUAAUUUACAAAUUUUUGAUUUAUGUAAAUGACAAGAAGAGUCAUGUUAUAAUAUAAAAUUUUGUGUUCGAUAUGGUUUUGAUGUAUAAAGAAAGAUAAAAAUAAAACUUAUUUGUGAAUGUA